AUGCUGUUUGGACCAGGCACACAAGAAGAGAUUGAGUUACCCUCAGAUGUCGACGAUGAUCUUGACUUUUUGUCAACCCCGCGGCAGAGCGUCAAGCGCGCCUUGAAGUUCAGCCCUGCUCAGCCCAAGAGCACCAUGCCUUCCAAGACUGUCCAUGGUGCACGCAUGGUUGGGAGGAGCCGCAUCCCGCAGAAGAAGCCGUCUAUCAAAGCUGGCCAAGUGUCCAAGAGGGUGACCAAGCCAAACAAGUCUUCCAAGAAGGUGGCCACACAUUCCAAGACAGAUGAGCAGAUUGACACGUCUGCUUUGGACCUUGCUUGGUCGGCCUUGAGCCAAUCCAAGGGUCGUCGUGCCGCUGAUCACCAGAUCAUGGAGUUCUACAGUCGGCCACGGCUAGUGCCAAUGGCUGCGUCCUUUGGAAUGACCGGCCAGAUUUCAUUGGACCUGGUGCAUGGCUGGAAUGGCUUGGAUCCUGAGCAUCAAGCCCUUGCUUGUCGCCUCCUUGGCCAGCUGAGGCCACAGUUCCUGAUGUGCUCUCCGCCUUGCACAUUUUUUUCACCCCUCAUGAAAAUGUGGAAUUUUCGCAGGAUGUCUGCGCCAGAUAUCCGGCGAAGGAAGAAGGCCGCGGUGGGUAUGGUCGAGCAGGCCGUGGACAGCUGUCUGGCCCAACAUCGUUCUGGAAGGUAUUUUGCCUUUGAACAUCCCAUUCGGGCCACAUCUUGGGAGAUCACCAGCCUGCGCAAAAGGGUGGCCACUUCCGGAACGUUUGUGGUCAAUUUUGACCAGUGUCAGGUUGACCUGGUGUCGCCACUGGGCCAGCCCAUGCAGAAGCGCACGCGCAUCUGGACAAACAGUCCAGGUGUGGUAGCCAUGUUUGAAUCCAAACAGUGUACUUGCAUUUGUGAGCAUAGGCGGAUCGAGGGAUCUGAACUGGGGCACAGUUUGUCCAAGUGGGCACAGACCUACCCACCCAAGAUGGUCAAGUGCCUGCUCCAAGGAGUCUCAAGGGACAUCCAGCCUUGA